GCUGCACAUAAAAGAUUCUAGGGGGGGCCUUCUCGAGUCUUUUACCAUUUUUUUGAAAUGACAUAAAAUUGGUCCGAAGAUGUUUGUGUUUCGACCCCCGAAGGCAGUCGUUCCGACGGUCAAAACAACCGCCUUCGGACCGCGAUGCGACUGAUUUUACGCUCCGGAGAACACCAAAACAAAUGCCACAGUAGGUUCGAAUUCUCCGAAACUCGUCGCACAGUGCAUGCAAUGGCAUCAGGCAAAGAAACGAGCAACAAACUACACGUCGAUAUUGAAUACUGUAAUGUGUGCAAUUCCGAACCACAGUGCGUGGAGCUGGCAAGCAUUAUCCGGGCACAGAUCCCGGAGGCGGAAGUUGUGUGUCGCACGGGAAGACGUGGUUCGUUCGAGGUGCAGAUCAACGACACACUAGUGCACUCAAAGCUGGGCUCGUUAGCGUUUCCUCAGUACGAGGAUGUGGUGCAGAACGUGCGCAAUGCACGGGACGGUUUGCCCGUGAAUCGUGUGGCGGAACAACCGAUCACCGACUGUGUGGUGCAGUAGCGAAACACACAUUCACCGCGAAAAGUAUGGUUAACCGGGUCGAUUGUUCGUGGAGAUCGCUCGUCGUGCUAGUCGUGUUUUUUUAGCAUCUAUUUUUUAACCCGUCGUUGUGGUGUGGUCAUACCAUCCAAAAUGAUACUGUUAUUGCGCUAACAA